CCAGCAGCAAGGCCGGGCUGGGUUUGGAGGAGCUGCUGGGAUCGGCGGCGAAGGGGAGGCGGCCUCUCCGCCCGCCCCGACGGCUUCCUCUCUUCCUUGCCACGCCGCCUCUGUUCCUCCUCCUCCUCCUCCGGAGGGAAGGAGGGAGGGAAGGUGCCGAACCCCCCGUCCUCGCCCCAGGUGAGCAGCUGAUCUGCCUGGCGUGGCAGAGGGUCUCGGAGGCGGGGGUGGCUGCUGGGCUCACGGAUCGGCAGACCGUCCGGGUCUGGGGAUUGAAAAUGUGCCAACAACAAUGCUAGGAUUACAAUGGGAAGUGUCACACUUCGCUAUUUUUGCUAUGGCUGUCUCUUUACGUCGGUAACCUGGACAGUCCUGCUGUUCAUUUAUUUUAAUUUCAGCGAAGAGGCCCAGUCUUUUAAAAAUGUGCCCAUCAAGGGGCUUGAACCUCAGAAGCCCUUCUCCAAAAGAUUCUAUCCCCAGCUUGUGAAUGGGCCAGGACGAAUGCAGGAACCUAAGCCCAGAUAUGGCAAGAUAAGGAAUCCUUUGGGAAAUGCUGCUCAGGAUCUCCUCAAGAGCGAUGCAGAGUUUUCCCCUGAAAUGGGUAUGAUUUUCAAUGAACAGGAUCAGGAAGUAAGAGAUUUGGGCUAUCAGAAGCAUGCUUUCAAUGUGCUCAUCAGUAACCGAUUGGGAUAUCACAGAGAUGUGCCAGAUACGAGGGACAGAAAGUGUAAAGAAAAAAUAUAUCCUCACGAUCUUCCUUCUGCUAGUGUUAUAAUUUGCUUCUAUAAUGAAGCUUUCUCUGCCUUGCUCCGGACAGUUCAUAGCGUUCUGGAUCGAACACCAUCACGUCUUCUCCAUGAGAUUAUUUUGGUUGAUGAUAGAAGUGAAUUAGCUGAUUUAAAAGAAGACUUGGACAUAUAUUUAACGAAAAAUCUUCCAAAUAAAGUGAAACUAGUAAGAAAUGAAAAGCGUGAAGGGCUAAUUCGAGGGAGAAUGGUUGGAGCUUCCCAUGCUACAGGAAAGGUGCUUGUGUUUCUGGACAGCCAUUGUGAAGUGAACGAGAUGUGGCUGCAGCCGUUGCUGACGCCCAUCCAGGAAUCCCGCAGGACAGUUGUUUGUCCUGUGAUUGAUAUCAUCAGUGCAGACACGCUGACGUACAGCUCCUCUCCUGUUGUCCGAGGAGGGUUCAACUGGGGCCUUCACUUUAAAUGGGAUCUCGUUCCUUUGUCAGAGUUGGAAGGACCCGAACCAGCCAUUGCCCCCAUCAGGUCUCCCACAAUGGCAGGAGGCUUGUUCGCAAUGGACAGACAAUAUUUCAAUGCGCUUGGACAGUAUGACAGCGGCAUGGACAUCUGGGGAGGGGAAAAUCUGGAAAUAUCAUUUCGGAUUUGGAUGUGUGGAGGCAAACUUCUCAUCCUCCCUUGCUCCAGAGUAGGGCACAUCUUCCGUAAAAGGCGCCCCUAUGGGUCUCCAGGUGGGCAGGACACAAUGGCACACAACUCUCUACGCCUUGCGCAUGUGUGGAUGGAUGAAUACAAGGAACAGUAUUUUGCCUUACGUCCAGAGCUGCGAACAAGGAACUAUGGGAAUAUUACUGACCGUGUGGAAUUAAGAAAAAAAUUGAACUGCAAAUCAUUUAAAUGGUAUUUAGACAAUGUGUAUCCAGAGAUGCAAAUCUCUGGGCCCAAUGCCAAGGUACAACUUCCGGUCUUUUUCAACAAAGGACAGAAAAGACCAAAAAUAUUGCAACAAGGAAGGUUGCAUCACCUUCACACUAAUAAAUGUCUAGCAGCGCAAAGCCACCCGAGCCAAAAAGGAGGACUUGUGGUGGUCAGAGAGUGUGACUACAGUAAUAAAAAUCAGGUAUGGCUAUACAACGAGGAUCAUGAAUUAAUCUUAAAUAACCUCUUGUGUUUGGAUGUAUCUGAAACACGCACCUCCGAUCCACCACGCCUUAUGAAAUGUCAUGGGUCAGGAGGCUCUCAGCAGUGGCUACUUGGAAAAAACAACCGGCUGUAUCAGGUAUCUGUUGGACAGUGCAUGAAGGUGGUUGACCCACUUAAUCUCAAAGGCUACAUCACUAUGGCCAUAUGCGAUGGCUCCUCCCUUCAGCAGUGGCGCUUGGAGAAUUGAAUACCUCCUCAAGGAAUGCCCACUUGUGCAAGGACUCUUGGCUUAGUGCAUUAUUUUCUAAGGCUGGCAAUCCUUGCUGCUAUUUCUAUCCCAUAACACUUAAAGGAAACUAUUUUAAUGAAGGUUAGAAAUCACAAUGGAUGGCAAUCUUCAAGUGGAGUAGAAGUGGCUGCAUUUCUUGCCCCUCCUUUCUGCAGGAGUAAAAAGUGUGAUGACAUUCCUUGGGAGCCCAACAGUAUAAGGAAAUAUUCUAAGUCAUAAUUAGGACAAUGUAAUUUAAUUAGCGGAUGCAUCUAAUGAAGCCAGCCUAAGUGGUCUGUCAGAAACCUACCGUGUUUUGCCAGUAUUUCUUGCAGAAAUAUGGUACUUUUUUCAUUUCAGUUCAUGGCUGGAAUUCUGGAGAAAAGUAUGUUUUAGCUCUUUUUUGUAAAUAAUUGUAUUAAUUUUAGCCUAAUCAAAUGUCCAUUUGUCACAUCCUAUAUUUGAACAGGGAUGCCAUUUUCAUGAUUCCGAAGACCAUGUAGCACUUGCCUGCUUCAAUGCAGCCCCCAAUGCUACACCUCCCCCCCCCCUGCCAACCAAGGCUCCCAUGUUUGCCAGAAAGCCCAAAGGCAACUGUGGGAGUUGCAGCACUGAAACAGAAUUCCUCAACUAGGGAAUUCUGGGAGUUGAAAUGCAGACAUCUUAAACCUUGAGAAAUUCUGCAUGAGGGGAUGAUUGAUAAGCGAGGGGCCAUGGCAGGUGGCAUAACCUUUCUAUUCUUGCAAGGCAGUUUGGAAUGCCACAGUACAAAACACCAUUUUAAAAAAAAGUUCACAGAUAGGCCUUGAUAUGUGACUAUAGUAGAGACUGUCUAUUAUGGUUUUAUGUUGUAACAAUUGUAAAAUGAUUUUACAAUUUUUUGCAGCAAUUGUUAAGCAAACCAAUGGUUCUCUAUGGAUACAUUUUUCCUCAAAAUUUGAUGUAAAUGUCAGUUUUUGGCAAAACAAUCGUAAAACAUGGUCAAUGAUUGUGGGAUGCUGCAGAUGGCUAUAAAUGGAGCCAUGUUGAAAAGUGCCCAGAUUUUGGUGAGGUGACUGAAAGAAUAAACCUCCAUUGUCAGAAUUUUGAAUCCAGGUCAUAAAUCCCUUUUGGAUCAGUUAUAACUUCAGAUGGGUGCUAAGUGAUGAUUGUAAAUUGUGGAACUUACCUGUACAUUGCUUGAUUUUUACCAUACUCAGUUUCACCCCAUUUGUUUGUGAAGAAGUUAAAAAAAAACCAGAUCCUUUUAUAUUUUACAAGUUAUUGAUACACAUAAAUAUUUGUGAGAAGCUUGAAUUUGAUACUGGACCGAAAACUUUCAUUAAUAAACCUGGCCCUUAAUUUAUGCAGUGCAAGGUUUAAGGCCCACAUUAAGGAUUAUGAAUGGGAUUAGAUUCUACUUAAGGUUGUGAUAUUCCUCCUUAAAAUCAGGCAGCACAUUAAAGUAUGUCUAGGAAAAUAUCAUUUAUCUUUGCAAUAUCAUGGAGAGACAACAAAUAUCCAUUUUUAUGUAUUUUGUAUUGCAUUUUUUAUUAUUAACACUAGGUGUUAUUGACAUAUUAGCCACUGUCCCUUUGGUCUCUAGUGUACAUUAAAUGCUUGAGUACCUUAUGCCAUUUAUGAUUUUAACUUUUAUAACUAUCUUUUUGUUUUAAUUUAAUGAAACCAGCCAGUCUGUUGGUGGUAGAAAAUUCUUCCUAAUCCUCUGUUACCCAAUUAACUGUGCAGAAUCUAUUGUUCAUAUGAUAUAAUCAAAAACUUUGGGAAAGAGAGGGCUACAAUAAUCUUAAAUAGGCUUUUUUUAAUUCCAAAGAAAAGAGCAGGUUCUAUAAUUAUUAAGGAUGUCCAAAAUGGAAAAAAAAUUAACUGGAACUACUAGCAUGAUCAUUUAUUAAAUGUAAAUUAUGUUAUGCAUAAAACAUAAUUUGCGCAGUUAUGUUUUCUAUACUUUUAUAUUACAUAUGCAUCUGUUUUGGUAGAAUUGGGUUUUGGGUACAGUAGUGAGCUAUCUUAAGGUAUCUUCUUGAUGGCAAAAACAGCCUCUUUGGUGUAUCCCUGGAAAUAAUAUAUUCAGGAUUGCUGCAUCCUGACAUAAAGGAAAAUAUUAAAAUAUUUAUAGAUGUAAAAUAUUUUAUUUGUAAAUGCUGAUUUUCUAAAUUUGUUUCCACAAAUUUCAAAGCCCAUAACACUCUGUAUACUUCAAAAAUUCAUUUUUGCCAACAUUAGAUAACUAUUAUACAGAACAGAAUAAUAACCUGUAAGACAAAUACUGGUAGGAUGUUGGAAUAUUGUACAAGAGAAGAAAAAAUAUUCAAGAAACAAAUUUCAUACAGCUAUUAUCAAGAGAAAAAUAUAUACAAUGAUUUAUUCUGUAAGAUAAAAAUACAUCAUGCCAUAUACAUUACAAGUUCAGAACUGUAUCACUGAAUAUACUACCAGUUUUACAGUCCACCUUAGCUGUGCACACAAAAAACUUCAUUUUUUUAAUAUUUAGACUGAUGUGUCAGUACCAGAAUUGAAAGUACAAAAUAAAAAAGCUAACCUGGUUCAAAAUGUUGAUUACAAGCAAACACAAACAGUGUUUAUUUUUUUAAAGAAAUGUAAACAAAAACAAUUCAUACAAACACAUUUUAAAUUACUUUUUUUUCAAAAUCCUAUUGGCAGAGUCCUGCAGCUGAAAGCACAAUUCCUAUACUUUUUCCUUGA